AUGGCAGUGAUUCCGGCAGGCGUGUCCGGCACCGGCUUGGGUCUGCUGCAGGCUGCGAAGCAGCGCCUGGGCAGCGGCGCCUUUGAUGCGGUGAUCCUCAUAGUGUUGUGCCUCAUCUUGGUGGGGUUCCUGGCGUCAGCGGCGGUUUGGCUCCACAAGAAGGAGGAUGAGCCCGUGCCGACUCCAACCCUCAGCGCCGCGGACUUUGUGAAGUUCACAGCGCAAAGGCCGCAGACCCGACUGCCACCGCGGACCAGCGCCAGCAGUUCUGGGAACGAGGAGGCCAAGCCUACCGGCCCCAAGCGGGCGCAGGAGUGGCGCCCGACAUUGACGGAGGCCAAAGACGUGAAGCGGCGCCUGGUGGUGUCGCUGCGGCCCCCCAUCAUCGGGGAGGCCCAGCAGACUACCUGGCACGUGCUGGAGGGAGGCUUGAACAUCUUUUCGCUGCGCGCGGACGAAUAUGAGGAGGGAGGGCUUCUUGUCGAGUCCAGCAGGGGUGUCGUCGCCUCUGUCCGGACCCAGGAGCUCCACUCCUCUGACUGGAAGCCCCCUGAGAUCUUCACCCAAACCGGCGAGGUCUUCGCAGAGAUCCAGGAGGAGAGGCUCUUCGGCGCCAAUAUGCUGCUGCCGGACCAGAUUGCCAACUUGGGCCGCCGCUUUGUGGCCAAAGAUCCGCAGGGCCGCACCUUGCUGCGACUGUCUGGCACCCUGGAAGAUCGGCGCAUGCAGAUCAUGGAUGCCAUGGGCUACGUCGCUUGCAAUGUGUCGCAGGGCGAACACCCUCAGGAGAAGAUCUUAGACCUGGAGGAGCAUGUGGACGGCGAGUGCUCAUCCUUUGCAUGCUCUUCGGUGCCGAGAAGCUACGACUGGUGGCCCAAGCGGCGCGCGGGGAAGCCAUCGGCAACUGAACAUCUCGGCUCGGCCACCUCUCGGCGCGCAAAAGAAAAAAAGCCGCCGUAG